CAAACCGAACCCACCGAACUCGGCGAACGCAACGGCACCGCCGUUUGAAUCGGGGAACUUUGGCGCAAUUCAGUCUGCUUCUAGAAUUCAACCCGUGCGGACGAUCUGUCCCGUUCGCCUUUUCGCGCGUCAUCGCAUUAGACGCCUGCUAGCUGCGAGCAACCGUGCACACGGAGCGGGCGGUGCAUCUCUGAUCGUUGCAUUGUGCGGUAAUAAUUACGAUCACGAUCGUUGCAAAGAUUGCAGCUGACAUUGACAUUGUGCGUUGUCCGUUGCAUCGAAGACGGCCGCGCUUACGCGCCAAGUGUUUGGAGCGGGGGGAGGAAGGAGCGAUCGUGUGCAUUGCAGCCGCGUUGGAGAUCACUCGCAGGAAUUAGUGGCGCGAUUUACGAUGGCAUGUGUUUAAAUAUCGGUGGUCUGCUACCGCUGUGGAUUUGUGUAUAAAUAAAGUGUCAAAAUACGAGCGAGCAAGGAAAAUCUCCCGGAAAACAAUUUAUUACAUCCUUCGCCUUCUUCGUACGGUCGAUUGCAAAAAUGCAACGACGGAAAAUUGGCUUCCAAGCCGGACUAGGAUCCAUCCUGGUACUGGGCACCCUUUUGGCAAUGGUUGGACAGACGGUUGCCAACGAAUUUCAAGGAAUACGACGAUCCAAAUGCCAGCAGAGCCGUGAUCGUACUCAGAUCUACGAAGGUGCGGACAAUGUGCUGAUGAAGCGUCUGCAAGCGCUGAGGACGGAAAUGCGCGCGAGAACCUCGACGCAGAGUGCCGAACUUGAUGCGUAUCUGGUACCGAUGUACGACGAGCAUCAGUCCCAGUACCUGAUGGAGGCGGAUCAGCGCAUUCGGUUUCUGACCGGGUUCACCGGUACGAUCGGGGAGGCCGUCGUGCUGAUGCGCUCAGCUGCGAUCUGGACGGACGAUCGCUAUAUCGAGCAGGCGGAUCAGGAGCUAAAUUGUGCCUGGCGACUGUUCCGCACCGGUGAGCGACCAACCGUCGCCGAGUAUCUGCUCUCGGAACUGUCACCGGAGGCAAGAGUGGGCGCAGAUCCUCAGCUUGUGCCGCACCAUGCGUGGAAAGCGCUGGAAACAGAGCUAAGUGCGGACUACAUACGGAUGGUGCCGAUUAACCGCAAUCUGGUGGAUAUGAUUUGGGGUGGACGUCGUCCAGCGCCUCGAUCCGGUGCCAUCAAGGUACAUCCGGUACGGUUCGCUGGCGAGCGGUGGGACAGCAAGGUAGCGAGACUGCGUGCCAACCUGACGGCUAUGCGAUGCGACGGCAUGAUCGUGACCUCGCUGACCGAGGUGGCGUACUUGCUGAACUUGCGCGGUAGCGAUAUCCCUCACGUGCCUGUGUUCAAGGCGUAUCUAUUGGUAACGCACCGAGAGCUGCUGCUGUACACCAACACGAGCCGGGAGACGCUUGGCUUGAAGAACCACUUGAAGGCUCACUCCUGCCACAACGAAAACUGUGUACAGCUGCGCGACUACGGCGAUGUGUGGCGCGAUUUGCGCACUCUGGCACAGCACUGGCACCGGCUGCUGGUGCCCGGUGCCGUCGUCUUCGAUACCGGAGCCUCGGAAGCCAUACAUGCGACCCUGCCACGGAACAUCGUGUUCGAGCGACCGUCGCCGAUUAUCUUUCUGCGUGCGCAAAAGAACCAAGUGGAACGGCAAGGCAUGCGGCAGGCCCACAUCCGGGACGGUGUGGCCAUGUGCGAAGUGCUGAGUCGGCUGGAGGAGCGGUUUAUUGCCGGUGAUCACAUCACGGAGUUGUCACUGGCACGCGAAAUCGACCACGCCCGCAAGACGCAAAACAACUCGGAGGGAAUCGCCUUCCCAACGAGCGUCGCUUACGGUGUACACUCCAGCAUGCCCAACUAUACCCCCUCGAACCGUACGAAUAUCGAGCUGUCGGAGGGUAUGGUGCUGAUCGAUUCUGGUGGCCAGUACGAGGAUGGUACGACGGAAGUGUCCCGUACGCUUCAUCUCGGUGAACCGACAGCGGAACAAAUCCGGGCCUAUACGAACGUGCUGAUCGGUAUGAUACGAUUGUCCAUGCUGACGUUCCCGGAGAAUCUCAAACCUGCCGAGCUCGAUGCACUGGCCCGUGGACCAGUCUGGGGCUCGAUGAACGACUAUCCUCACGGGACCGGUCAUGGUAUCGGAUCUUACUCAUCUGUUCGGGAAUCUCCUAUCAGCAUUUCCUACACGGCCAAACAGAGGUUUACCUUCAAGGAGGGAUACUUUUUCUCGAAUGAACCUGGUUACUAUAAAAAUGGUGCCUUCGGCAUUCGACUCGAGAAUGUCCUUGAAGUUGUAGACACGGGCAAGAUGCAUCCAACGGGAUACAAAUUCCUCGCCUUCCAGGACGUAACACUUGUCCCAUUCGAACAGAAAAUGAUCGAUCGAACUUUACUUAGUGUGCCGGAGAAAAAGUGGUUGAACGAUUAUAACGCACGCAUCCGGCAGCACGUUGGAAGUGAACUGAAACGAAAGCACAAAAUGGACGCCUUCUACUGGAUGAUGAACAAAACCCGGCACGUGCCAGAGUAUGUGACGGAGGCGGACUACAACGGUGUCGCCACCACUCGGCACGAUCAUUUGUCGAUCGCAGGUGCUCUAACGAUCGGUUUCCUACUAACACGAUUCGUUCUCAACUGAAACUGUUUGCCAUACUGUGAGCGUGUCUCAGACACGCUGAAACGGUGCCAUUAAAUGUUCCAUAUAUAUCAACUACACCCCAAACACAAUUGCCGCUGGGAGAAGCAGUUCAAAUUUAAAUUCAUUCGAAUCAAUACACGGCGGGAUCAGUUUUUGGUUUGAUUUGUGAAUGAUUUUUGUCUCGAGACCAAUCGGCACCCUUCUCUGAACAUACAAACCAACUACCGAGUAUAUCGGCAAACGGCGCACAUUUGCACCAAACAGUUACGAGCGUAUUUAAAACCAAUUUAAAGAUAAAUUAUUUACACCGCAUAGAUGUUAGCCAUGACAAGAAUGGAAGGCUACCGGGAAGAUAAAAGCUUCUGAGAGAAAGAGUGAUAUUUUAUUUAUUCUGUUUCAUCCAUCGCGAACAAACUAAGCACUAAGAAUUGUAUGUUUAACGAUGUAAUACAACAAUAAACUAGUCUACCGAACAAAAG